GUUUAAGGAUGGUUUCAACACCCUUGGUGUUCUAGAUUGUGUUCGUAAAAACCCUAAUUCAUUUAAAGAAGUGUUGAUGUACCACAAUAUCAAACACACUGCUGAAAGCAUAGCAAUUUUGUUCUCAGUGAAAGUGAGUGAAGAAGGAACCAACAAACGAAAUCAAGAAAAUGAAGUCUUAAGCUAUUGGAGAGAUUAUUUGGUUGACGCAGAAGAAUCAUCAUCAGAAGCAUCACUUACAGAUAUAUUAAUAUUUGCAACUGGAGCUGAUAAAGUUCCUCCUUUGGGAUUCUUCCCCAAACUUAGUGUAAAGUUCAUUCAUAAUGGGGAUAUAGGAAAGCAAAAGUUGCCAUUGGGAAACACGUGUGCAAAUCUCCUUUAUAUUCCAGUUGUUAAUAGUUAUGAACUAUUUAAAUCAUCCAUGGACUUUGGAAUCCUUAACAGUCCUGGUUUUGGACAGGUCUAG